AUGGAGGUGCCUAGCGCAAGUUCUCAGGUAUUACCUGAGCAGUUGAAAUCGAUGAAAUCGGCCAUUCACACAUUUCUGCAAGAUACGCACGUGUAUGAUUCAAUCCGCGACAUUGUAGACACCUACGUGUCGCAGCAUGAAGGUGAGAGCAUUUCACAAGAAAACCCUAACGAAAUUAUGAAAAUUGUGCGAGAAAAGGGAAUUCUUCAAGAACUUGUUUCACAGAUUCAGACGCGCUCUGUUGCAGUUGGUGGAGGAGCACCAACUAUCCCUAGCGAUGGCCGUUUUUAUCUUCUUGUUCGCCUUAAUGGUGGUCGCGCGUUUGUUGACAACGUCGAUGUAGCCCCUUCGACUGCGUUGAAACGAUCUGUUCUCUUCGCUGCUCAUUUUGGGAGCCAAAGGUUUAGGUCAGCACUGAAGCCUUGUUCGGUAGACCCUUCCUUUGACGACGAGUUUCUCUUUGAGGUUGACGCAACAUCCUUUGGUUUCAAUGAAACCAACCUGAUCGAAGUUUCCACACCCUUUCACAUUGCGGUGCUGCGCGAAGAUUCGCAGCUCAACGUAGCGGAGCUGCUUGGUGAGAACAUAAUAGAUUGGAGGAAAGUUCUCAAGAGUGGCUGUGUCGGUCUUACUGUCGAGCUUUGCGGCAAAAAUGCUGGUGUGCCUGCCGGAAUCGUAGAUCUCCAGCUAGAGCUAGUCGGAAAGAAAAGAAUACGAUACAAGGAAGAGGACAUUGCGAUGCGGAUGGAACAACAACGAGUGGCAGUCACGAACGCUGAUCGUGAGUUUCUGGUAUACACCCGACGGUGGUGGUCCGAGUAUCAGGGGCUCCGCCCAACACACAAAGAGCGGCGAGUGAAGCUGUUUGCGUCUACGUCCACAGGAAGAAUGGUGCCUGUAACACACUUUCUGGCCCCUUUGCAAGCUGAAUUCGGAAUCGACUCUCCGGAGGACGCUGCCCGUUUUGUGUCACUUUUGCGCGUCACUUCAGAAAUUGCUGACUCUGUUAACCCGUUAAACGUAGAGACGAACACGUGGCUUGCGCCAUUCAUAUUUCUGUCUCAACGACAGGGACACAGCUGCAACCACGCAGCACUUCUUUGCUCCCUUCUUCUCGGCUUUGGCAUUGACGCGUAUUGCGCGAUGGGCACGUGCCAAAAUGGUGAGCUCGGCGUGUUUGUUGUGUCGCGGACCGUUGACGCGCGUGGCAGUGUAAUGGCAACCGUGUGGAACGCGACGACCGGGGAGCGGGCACCUGCGCAUGAGCAAGUGACAUUUUCAACAGUCGAUUGCCUCUUCAACAACAAAUCCUUCUAUGCAAAUUGCCAACCGUCUAACAGCAUUGCCUCUGUCUCAUUUGACUACGGCAACGAGGAGCUCUGGAGGCCGCUUAAUGUGCUGAAACUACGCAUGGUUCCUCGCUACCCUCCAGCACCGCUUUUGUUCGAGGUCUCCAACCCGCUCACGAUCGAACGUGCCCUGGAGCUCAAGGUGCGGUCUGCUAUCACAGCGUACCGUGAUGCGUUUGGCGUUGUUACAGCGUUCGACAACGUCCUCUCGUAUGUUCUCUCGCAGGCACUUCUCUUGUACGAGCGCCAGCAAAGCGAAGGCCGUCCCGAGAGUUUUGUCCUUUUCCAGGAAUCCGUCAAGGGCACACUUGGGGCAGGCAAGACGUUCAAGGCGAUCCCGAUCAACGUCUCGUACCUAGACGAAAGUAGCGUGAUGGACGUGGUGCGCGCUACUAGUGUUGGGAAAGAAAUUCUGGACACGGUCGCAGAGAACACCAAGUUUGCCGUUCGUGUGAAGGUUUUCUGCUUCCCCGAGCGUGUCUUUUCUGUGUGGGUGAUGGUUGCUGUAUAUUAUAGCGCAGGACAUCCCCAAUAA